AUGAAUCGGUUUGGUUGUAGCCAAGUAAGGCAAAAUAAGGUGAGGGCAGAGAGAUGGUGGUGGUUGGUGCGGCGGUGCUGGGGGGAGCACGGCGGCGCGGUGGUGGAGCAGGGGCGGUGGCAGGGGCUUCGGGUUGGGGUUAAUGGUGGAGGGGGUAAGGUUAGAAGGGAGGUAGGUGAGGGUUGUGGUGGUAGGAGGCGGCGUUGUAAGAACAGAGGUGAGGGCAGAGAGAUAGUGGUGGAGACGCGGCGGCACUGGGAGGGAGCACGGCGGUGCAGUGGUGGAGGUUGGGGUUUGGGUUGGAGGAGGUGGAGAGGAAGGAAGAAGGGGGCGAGGGUUGUGGUGGUGGGAGGCGGCGCUGGUGGCGGGGUGGUCGGGGCUGGCCGCGGUGGGGGGGCAGCGGUGGUUGAGAGGGGUGGAAGAGAGGGAAGGGAAGAAAGAAGAGAGGGGGGUGGGUGUCGCAGCGGGUUUUGGGUGGUCGGGGGUGGUGCAGUGGUCGCGGUGGUCGGAGCUGGGUGGUUGGGUGCGGUGGUGGUGGUUGCAGAGGAGGGAGGGAGUUGCAGAGAAGAGAAGAAGAAUGGGGGGUUAUGA